AUGUUGAUGGAUCUGGUAUAUAACCGUGGAUCUCCCUCGUUGUUUUGUGUUCAUCUCUCCUCUCAGCAUCAGCAAGCACCAGCUUCUAUCAACAACAACUUUCACUUCAGUUUUGUUCUUCGUCGGCUCUGGAAGUCCGACCAACCCAUUUACUACAGGAGCCGCACGGCGUGGAUCAACCCCAGCAGCGGUAUUCUCACCUUUGUACAUUCCCUCGCUUUCCCGUUCACCGGCCAGGGGAAAGCGUUCAAGCUUCUCUCCAGCAUCAUCAACAACAUCAUCGUCGUCGUCAAGACUCCCUCUCUUCGCCCUCAAGACCGUUACCUGCGCGAGCCGCCCAUCACCACCAUCACCAUCGGUUAG